UUAAAGGUCAGACCAACGUGCACGCACAAAAAUAGUGCACUAAAAGUGAUCCGUUAUUCUUCGUUUUAGCAUCAUGCGCGUGUGCGCGCGUGUGUGCUGUCUACGUCAGCGCUCCUCCUCCGAGUUGCAAGCUGACACUCAAAAUGGUGAUUUUCCUGUUUGGUUUCCUAUUUUUAUGAAUGAAGGCGGAGGUCGUGAGCUUUUCGUCACCAGUUCCGGCCCUGACCACCAGGGGGGAGAGCAACGUGGAGAAUGAAUAAGCGUCUCUCUCUCUCUCGCUGUGUGUGUGUCGGUGUCUCUCUCUCACAACAUAAAGGCGAGGUUCAAGGGUAAAAAACUUGCAAUUCAUGGCGUGGAGGGAGUCAGCGGGUCGAGCAGCAGCUCGCGGUGUGAACCCGGUUACCGUCGAGCCCACGCGCAGCCUCGUCUAGCUGCUCGAGUGUUGUCCUCUUUUUAUAUUUAGUUUUUAUUCUCUCCUUUCUUCUUCUCGGUGAAAUCUGAAACGGCACAAUCAGCCGGGGCUUUUUUUCUUCUUCUUCUUUUUUUUUCUGUGCAAAAAGAGUGAAGCACAUUACCCCGCGUGUGUUUCCAGAGGAAGAAGAAGAAGAAAAAAGAAAACAGCGAUUCCGAUGCCUUCUUCCACUUUGAGCGAGAGGGACAACCCCUAAAACCCCGUUUUCUUUAACACGAGGGGACCGACACGCGAACGUCUCCGUCAUCCCCCACUUCAUGAAAGAAGGACGCGUCUCGGUUAAAAAAAAAAAGAAGAAGAGAAAGGUGACCGGAGAAACUGACGGUGGGAUCAUGGCAGCUACUUUAUCGGCGGAGGAAGAACAGGCUACCAGGCAGUUUCUGGAGGAAAUCAACAAGUGGACCAGUCAGCAUGGCGUGUCGUCGCUCUCCAGGGAAUUGGCCGUCAAGUUCCUCAUGGCGCGCAAGUUUGACGUCCUGCGAGCCAUCGAGCUGUUCCACAGCUACAGGGAAACGCGUCUCAAAGAAGGCAUCGUGCGGCUGCAGCCGCAGGAGGAGCCGCUGCGCUCGGAGCUGCUCAGCGGGAAGUUCACCGUGUUGAGUGUCCGGGACCCUUCGGGGGCCUCCAUCGCCUUGUACACGGCCAAACUGCACCACCCCAACAAGACGGGCAACCACGUGGUGCUGCAGGCGCUCUUCUACCUCCUGGACCGGGCCGUGGAAAGCUUUGAGACCCAACGGAAUGGCUUGGUGUUCAUCUACGACAUGGCGGGCUCCAACUACACCAACUUUGAGCUGGACCUCAGCAAGAAGAUCCUCAACCUGCUCAAGGGGGCGUUCCCCGCCAGGCUGAAGAAGGUGUUGAUCGUCGGGGCCCCCGUUUGGUUCCGAGUGCCCUACAAUCUGCUCAGCCUGCUCCUCAAGGAGAAGCUCCGGGAGCGGGUGCAGAUGGUGAAAAUGGCCGAUCUGCGCCAACACCUCCCCAGAGACUGCCUCCCGCAGCACCUCGGCGGCCUGCUGCCCCUGGAGUCGUACAGCUGGAACCAGCAGCUGCUGGCGGGCCAGAACGGCCGCGUGGACCCGGUGGACGAGCUGGUGGGCAUUCCCGUGGAAGACCCCUCCAUCCACGUGCCGGGAGCCGAGUCCAUGCGGCCGCAGGAGCUGCUGACGCACCUCGGCCGGCUGCAGCGCUCCGGCGUCCACCAGGAGUACGAGGAGCUGCGCAAAGAGCCGCCGCCCGGGAGCUUCCACUGCGCACAAUUAGCUUACAACCAGGAGAGGAAUCGCUAUGGAGACGUGCUGUGCCUCGAUCAAACCAGAGUUCGUUUGAAAACCAGAAGGAACGAGCGGUCCGACUACAUCAACGCCAGCUUCAUGGACGGCUACAAGCAGCGCAACGCUUACAUCGGAACCCAAGGACCACUGGAGAAGACCUACGGGGACUUCUGGAGGAUGGUCUGGGAACAAAACAUGCUCGUUAUUGUCAUGACAACCAGGACGGACGAGGGCAGUCGGAAGAAGUGCGGCCAGUAUUGGCCUCUGGAGGAGGGGGGGCAGGAGGUCUACGGCCACAUGGCCGUGGUGAACCAGAGGGUAGACCACCACACCCACUACAACCACACCACCCUCGAACUGCACAACACUGAGACCUGUGAGCAGAGGCAGGUGAGUCACUUCCAGUACCUCAGCUGGCCCGACUACGGCGUCCCCAGCUCGGCCACGACGCUCAUCGACUUCCUGGGAGCCGUGAAGCGGCAGCAGAGGAAACUGGUGAAGGGUUUGGGACUCCAGUGGGCCGGCCACCCACAGGGACCCCCGAUGGUGGUGCAUUGCAGCGCGGGCAUCGGGAGAACAGGUACCUUCUGUGCUCUGGACAUCUGUCUGUCCCAGCUGCUGGACGUCGGCUCCCUGAACGUUUGCCAGACGGUGCGGCGCAUGAGGACGCAGCGGGCCUUCAGCAUUCAAACCCCGGACCAGUACUACUUCUGCUACAAUGCCAUUUUGGAGCACGCCCAGCGGCAGGGCCUGCUCCCAGCCAAUCAGUGAGCUUCGACCCUGCCGCCCCCUCCCCCGAUUUUAUUCCCACCAUCACCCUGAGAUCCCUGCAGUCAAAUCUGUCGAACCCCCAAAACUGUGUUGUGGGACCAAUUUGUGGGACCGGGAUGGUGAACGUCCUCCGAGAAGCCGUCCGUUGAAGCCGCGGGGCGAGGAAAAGGAACCAGAGUCCACAUUUACGGUGUUUGAAUGUGACAUUUUGUGGAGGGGGAGUGAUGGAGUGAUAGAGGUAACGUUUAUUAACCUUUUUUCUUUCAAAGAUAUUUAUUUGCCACUUUAAACCGACGGUUUAGGGGACCUUUAUUUUUAUUUUUAUAAAGGUGUAGUUCACCCCAAAAUAAAUAUUCAAUCGUUAUCCACUCGGGCCAUGUUGGCUAAACUCCACGAAACUCUGUACGACUGCAAAUUAAUUAUGACUUUUAAUUGCAUUUCAGUCAAGUUCACUUUGCCAUUUGUUUUUCUCCUCACGACUGCUGCGUAAAGUCGUUGUCGUUUGUUCUUUAAUGGCCAAAUGAAUACCUGUUGCCAUGGUUACUGAGUAAUAUCUUGAUCAGAUGUAAGAGGUAAACUUCUUUUAAUGGUUUUGAGAAGAGCUGAGCUGGAACCACAGUAGCUUGCUUAUUUUUAAGUCUUUAUUUUUUUCCUUCUAAUAUACAAAUUAUAUUUAUUGCCGUUAUAAGAGACGCACGCAAGUUACUGAAUAUUUAUUUUGGGGUGAAAUGAGCCUUUUAAACACUUUAAAAAACACUUUUUUUUACACCGUUUUAUUCUUUUUUAAAAUUCCAAAUCGGGAGCGUGAUCUCCACUUGUGACUUUUGAUUGGGAUCGUAGUUUCUCCACCUCCCCGUGUCCCGGGAAAUAUCGAGUAGUGCAUUUUUUUCUUUUUUUAGCACGUGGUUAAUGUCGCGUAGACGGUACGAGCUCGCUGAACACAUGGAGGUCAAACCGCUCGACCUUUUCAAACAAAUAAAAUGAAAAAAAUAAAGCAACUUUUGCCAAGAAGUUGUCUCAUUCCUCCUGAAGUGGCAUAACGCAUUCUCCUCUGCCUUAGAAAGAGACUCGGUGACGAGGGGCGAAGCACAUCCACGAUCCGAGAUGACCGUCGCGUCCCCACUGUGAUCACUCGUUAAAAUCGCUGUCCGUGUGAAUUCAUCCUCUAGUUUUUAUUUAAUUUUUCCAUAUAUAUAUAUAUAUAUCCACUGACCUUCCGUCUCACUAAAUAUGAGAUUUUCUAACUUCUACAGACGGGCGUCGGUGACCUCAUGGCCGCAUGUAGAGCCGUCUGCAGCGAACCUCUGUUGAGCCCUCGGUUGAGACCUCAUGAGUAGUGCAAUACUUACUUUUUGUUUCAUUUUUUAAAUUUCUUUUUUUUCACACCAAUCACGUCUUAGCACUUUUCCGAUAACUUUUCCCGAUGUGCUCUGAGAUUAGUCGUCCUGGUGGCGGGGUGGGGACGACGCAUUCAAACAUAAUUCCGUAGGUCUGCAUGUGACGCUGGGGAUAACUUUAUUGUUAAAUUUAGCGAUUGUAAUAGGAAACAUUUCGUGACAUUUUGGGAUGUCCUGUAAACAUCUGCAUAGAGCUCGAUCAAGAGGAUUUAUUACAGGGAAAGCCAGAAAAUGAACGAUAGAGACGGUGGACGGGCAUCCACAAAUCUGUGCCUGCGCCCUAUAGGGGCCUCCUCGGGACGCGAGAGUGACAUUUUAUGUCUGAAGUAUAUUUUCAUUAUUAUUGUGUUACUUUUUACGUUCUACAAACUGUGGUUGUAAUCAGUGCUUUCAUCUGGUCCCAGUAUCUUGCCAUUCUAUUCUAGAGUACGUGUACAAAAACUUGAGCGUCUGUGUGUCGUAGGUUGUUGCAUUAUGUCGUCGCCGGGUGGAAAAAAACAAAACAAAGAAAAAACAAAAUGUGUUCUUUGCUACAGAAUUCAUAUUGAAUUUGCUUGUGGUGAAGCAUUUUUAAGUCUGCCAUCGUCAUGCACUCUGAUUUUCGAUUUGUUUUUUCCUUUUCAAUGACGGACGCAAACUGUGCCGUAUUUUAUUUUUCUAUUGUAUUCAACAACUGUUUUCAUACGAUUACCCAGGAUAUACAGUUAUCUACAUUAAUUUUAUAUUUGUUCUAUUGUAACCUAUUACUUUAUCAUUCGUAUGACUAUUGAAUCAAGCUAUACUGUAUUAAAUACAAACUGUCAACGUA